GCCAGUACUAUUACACUCUCAUUCAUUGUAUGUAAACAAGAGAGAAGUAUAGUGGAACAUUAGUGGACCAUCGAACGAGCAGGCAAGAGAAUACCGACAUGUCACCUGUGGCAGAAAGUGAUGAACCGCACAAAAAUAUCACCGGAGCAGUAUGGCAUGAGCUUCAACAGGCGAUCUCGACCCAGGCGACGUCCAUGACGACCAUCACGCCCUCCUUUAUGUCAACGUCGAACAGCACCAUGGCCUGUGACAUUAGUGAAGAAACCAUGACUUCAGAAGAUUUUUACAUUGGUCUGACCCUUGCCAUCUGCUCAAGCGGGUUUAUCGGGUCAAGCUUCGUCAUCAAGAAGCAAGCUUUGAUCAAGAUAUCAGCGCAUGCAGUCAGGGCAGGUGACGGAGGACACGCCUACCUCAGGGAGUGGCUCUGGUGGGCGGGGUUCUUAUUAUUGGGACUUGGUGAACUGUGUAACUUCAUGGCCUAUGCCUUCGCUCCAGCCACUCUUGUCACUCCGUUGGGCGCCCUCAGCGUCAUUGUCUCAGCCGUGCUAUCAUCAUACGUUUUAAACGAGACCCUAAACCUUCUUGGGAAGCUCGGCUGUAUCCUCUGUAUCAUGGGGUCUAUCAUAAUCGUCCUGCAUACACCUGCCGACGAGGCCUUCCAUACUCUAGGCUGGCUAGCGACAAGAUUACGAUCACCAUCCUUCGUAAUCUAUGUCUGCUUGGUAGCAGCCAGCUGUCUCGCCCUCGUCUUCGCCAUCGGACCUCGCUGGGGUCACACCAACAUCCUCGUCUACGUCCUUGUCUGUUCCCUGAUGGGUUCCCUCACCGUCAUGGCCAGCAAGGGCGUCGGCAUCGCGUUCGUCCAGCUCUUCGAUGGCACCAACACCUUCGUUGAUCCUUUAACGUGGAUCCUGAUCCUUCUCAUGGUUGUCUUCAUCACCAUCCAGAUGCACUUCCUCAACAAAUCCCUCGACAUCUUCAACACCGCCGUCAUCACGCCCAUCUACUACGUCUUCUUCACCGCUAGUGUCCUCAUCGCGUCGUCACUCCUCUUCGAAGACUGGCGUGCGAUGACGGCCACCGACAUCAUCGCUGUCCUCGAUGGUUUCGGCGUCAUCAUAGUGGGGAUCUUUCUCCUGCAUACCUUCCGCGAUUUUUCGCUGUCGUUGACGGACUUGCCGUCGGUUGAAAAGUCGUCGACGAGCGCGGGUGCGACUUCGGUUCAUAGACCACGGACGGACAGUGAAGAUCGCUAUAUCAAUACAGAGUCCGCUUGUCUGCUCAAUGACUUCAAUAUUACGAACGAUGGCAUAUCGUCGGACAAGGAUAUGGCCUAGAUUAAUAGUUAUAUUACAAAAAAUCGGUAAAUGUAUAAGAAAAUCAUUUUAAGUCACGUAUAUUAUUUUACUGUUUAUACAUUUCUUGCAUUUAUGUUCAACUAUUUGUCGCACAUUAUGAUGUAACUGUGCUAAGAAAAUAUCAUCGAUAUAAUAAAGAUAACCUUGGGUCCUGGUAAUGGGAGAAGAAUUCUCAAAGAAUUAAAAAAACGUUUUUAAUGUUUAAGAGAAAAAAAUGUAUAUAUUACAUAUUGUGAAUACAUAAUUACAUAUUAUAUAAAUAUAUAUGCACAUACCUUUAUUCGUAUACAGAGUAUGUUUUCAAAUACUAGAUUGAGUACAUAAUCAUUCAUUAAAACGAUGAUAGAUAUUCUUUAUCUAAAUAAAACAAUAACAUCUUUUUGUAUCGGAUUUACAAAGCAUGAGGCCGACAUAGGGCAUUUGUAAAUCACCGGCACAUAAAAUGUCUUUUUGUUCCUAUUUUCGUAGACUUCUGGUAUAAUCGCAAUUAUAUUUUUAGUAGUCAGUAUUACUUGAUCUUAGUUGUGGCAUUAUAUUUGUUUCAUAUUCGUUUCUUUUUAUUUACUUUACAACUUACGUUUAUUUAUUUUUCUCGCAAGAGUUACAAAUAUAUAUCCUACACCAUCCUACACAGUCAUGUAUGCAAUACCGAGUCAGACUGUCAGCUUGUCUUAAGACACAUUUAUUCAAAAUUGCUUUUGAUGAUUAACUUACUCUGUUCACAUUGAUGUAUAUUUCAUAUGU